UCAUUUAAGUAGAGCCUUGGAGUAACUUUCCCCUUCUAAAUUAAAUAGGUUCCCAUUUUGGCCACUUUUUGGCUACCAUGAGCGAACCAUUAUCGGGCCCCUGGCUGAGAUUCAUCUACAAUGGCGUGCUGCUCGGCACCUCGGUAAUGUCUGCCCGGAAAAUGGACCUGGAGCAGCACCCUUUCGCCCUGGCUGCCUGCGUUGUGGGCGGCGUGUCGGCUAUAGUUGGCCUGCUCCGGGUCCUCUUUGCCAGCGGUCAGCCGGAGGAGUGCCGAAAGAUGAGGGACAUCACCCAUGGAGUCCUGGAACUGGUUCCCCUGCCUCUGGCCAAUAUGAAUCUAUAUUUAAAAAGCACUGGCUGGAGUCCCAUAGCCCUGGGUCAUUCAUUCUUCAUAAUUGCGCUGAUGUGCGACAUGAGCUGUUGCCUGGCGAAGGAGCGGCAGGACUGCGAGAUGAGUGACAGCCUGAAGAACCUAACGGUAUUGGGCAAUAUAGUGUCUCUGGGAUUCCUGGCCUUUGUAGAACGGAACUCCCUCUAUCUGCGCAUGAUGAUGGUCAUGAUUGUGGUCAAAUAUGGCACUAUACUGGUGGACAGCAUGAAGGAGAACGCUGGCGAGGAUCUGCAGGUGUGUGGCACGGCACUUUUUAUCUACCUACUGGGCAAGGCCAUGGAUAGCGCCGGCACCUGAUCCUGGACUUAACCCCUGCAGGGCCCUGGCUGGCUGGUAUACAUAUGUAUAUUUGUAACGCUUCAAGGGUUUCCAGGUCUCGGUUAAUUUUCCAUGAAUCGACUUUUAGUCCGUAUUAAAUUUCAUUUCGGUGGCUUUUCAA